AUGGCCAAAGUUUUUUGGAUGAUCGCCCUAACUUUAGUGGGACAGAGUUUUGGACAGUUUAUAAAGGAUGUCAGUGAUGCUAAUAAUAUAUUCGACGCUUUGACCAAGACGUUAACUUGUGGAAAGUUCAAAACAUUAAUCCAAGGUGCUGGACUACCAACAGAGAACAUGUACAAAUCUCAAAUCCGACUAACAUUGUUUGUACCAAAUAAUACAGCAUUCCAAGAAAUACCAUUAGAUAAACAAAAUGAAAUCUUCAAUAUGGUCCCAGCAGACAAAGAAGAUUAUGUCAGAUUUUAUACAGUUAAUGAAGAAUUACAAACAAUGAAUAUAAAUGAUAAUAUCAAAAAGAAAAGUAUAUCAUCAGACAAUAACAGAUUAUUUUUUAACAAAAGACAACGGCGAAUUAAUGAUAUUGGAGGUAAUGUUGGUGUAACAGAAUUCUAUGUCAAUGGAGCAUUGUUAAUAAGACCUAAUGUUCGAGCUGGUAAUGGUAUCGUUCAUGUCAUUGACAGAGUACUUGAAAAAAGUUACAGAUCAAAUGCUUACGCUUUUUUAAGAAGACCUGAUGAAGAAGACCGUUACAAACAAACGGAAUUUUUCAAGCAAUUUAUAAAUUAUUUAAAUGGAGAAUACUUAUAUAAUGGUGUAGAUUUUCUACAAGACUUAGAAUUCUUAACCUUAUUUGUACCUUCUGAUGAGGCUAUUAAUAAAAUACCUAUACAGAAAUUAAAUGAAUUACAGUCUGAACAACCAAGACUACAAAAGGUGGUUCAACAACAUAUCAUUAAAAGUCAAGCUAUAUAUACAUCAUUUGUUUACCAUAAUGAAGGCUUCAAUGCUGUAAAUGGAAGAAAUAUUUUCAGAAAAACCAUAGGAGAUAAAGUGUAUAUAAGUGGAGGCAGAGUUACAGCUGAAGUUACUCGUGGUAAUAUUACAGUAGAAAAUGGUGCUGUACAUUAUAUUGAUACUGUGUUAGGAUUUGUGUAUAAUACAGCUAGGGACCAAUUACAAGAAGAUUCCAUCACAAGUCAAUUUAAAGAUUUAACAAACCGUGGAAGAAAAGAACUUCAAGAUUAUUUAGUUCGGCCUUCAGGGGUAACUGUGUUUUGUCCUACCAAUGAAGCUUUCAAUGCCAUAGCAAACUUACAGAAUGCUGACUUAUAUAAUAAUGCUACAUUGAUUGAUGAGGUCUUAAGAAGAUCAUUUCUGGAGCCAGGUGAAAUUUUUGAUUUGACCAAAGUAAAUGGAAACUAUGACUCGAGAUUUGAAGUGGCUUCACAGUUUCGUGGAAAGAAAAUCAAGAUAUACAGUCAAGGAAAUGAUACCUGGGUAGAAGGGGGCUAUGUUAAAGCUAGAGUUAUUAGACCUGAUAUUGGAGUAACUAAUGGUAUUGUUCACUAUAUCGAUGGUGUAUUUGGGGUACCAUCUCGUGAUUUACCUGCAGUUAUAUAUUGUGAAGAUUGGUUAAUAAAACCAUACUAUAUCUUAACCACAGUUAAUUUAGACAAGUAUUUAAAAGAUGUUAGAAUUAAAACAGCUCAGAGAGCUUGUCCAGUUUCAUUAGCACGAAGUCAGUUUGGUGCUGUCACGAAUAACAAUAAUAACAAUAACAACAAUAACAAUAAUAACAACAAUGACUAUAAUUAUAACAAUGAACAAAGUGAUGAUUAUGACCGUUCGAGAUCUGGAGGUUGUGGUGAAAGUAAUAUAUACUGUGAAUUCACUAUGUUUAUACCAAAUGGUACAGCUAUUGAUAAUUUCCAGAAAACAGAGUUAGGGUUACGUAUUAUGGGAGACAAAAACAGAUUACGCUAUGUAUUAGGCAGACAUAUAUUACGAAGUAAAAAAUUAUAUUUAGAUACGUUAAGUCUUGGUAGUCAUGAGGUCGUGGCUGAUACUGGUGAAACAUUGAGAAUCAAUAAAAUCAAUGAAAAAUAUACAGAGAUAUUAUACCGAGGUCAGCGUACUAGAGUACUACACGGUGAUAUUGGUGCUACUAAUGGAGUUAUACAUAUCGUAGAUCGAGUUUUACAUUUUUAUGAUGACUUAACACGUGAGAUUAAUGCAGCAGAACAAAAUAUUUCUAUGUUCACAACAAUAAUAUGUCUCUUAGUUUUAUCUCUGUUUUAUUCUGUGUGAGGUCAAAGUGCUACAUUUAUUUUUUUUAAGUUAAUUUUGAUGGAUUGAAAUCAUUCCAGGACACUCCGGGUUAUUUUUAUAGGUCGGAAAAAUAUUUCGCUUUAAUUUGUGAAAAAUUAUAUGCGCGUAAAUCUAGAGAAAGAUGCCCCUUAAAGAUGCAGUCACACAAGCGGUCUGGGUCAGAGACUUUUGUCGCCGAUUUAAGUCUUGUCUUGAGUUUCUACGACUGGCAAGAGCACAUAAGGAGACAAAAAUCUCCAGUCGGCUGUUUCCAAUAAUCAAGGGUGGAGCAUGCAAUUAAAAGGAAAAGGAAUCUGAUUGGAUGAUGAUGGUCUGACUUGCAGACGAUACAACUAUCAAAGACAAUUAUCAAACUUGUUAUUAUAAAUCCUGUCAGCG